GUUGUUUCUUGCAGCUGAUUAUCCAAGGAUUUAAAGAAGGGUAAUAUACGUGAUUUUGGGAAGAGAAAGCGUCUUACAGACACCUGCUGAGGAUCAUUGCUACACUAAUUCAACCAUUAAUGAAUUUACUGAUCUCUGCCCGACUAACAGUCGCAUACAAUACCUACUUAGAAUGGAAAAAGAAGAAAGUACCUUUGAGUUCCUAGAUCAUCUUUGUUACGUGAGUGAACAUAUCGGGUUUUUUGGAUCCAUCAAAAAUACUUGUGCUGAUUUUGUUGUAACAGAGAUUGAUCUCUCUGGCCGCUUGGUUACUGAAGCUUAUCACAGAGAGGCUGAAGAUGCGAUAAUAAAUACUAAUGACAAGAAAAAGGCUCAUCAAGAACAACUAAAAAAACAACCGGUUACCUCAAAGGACAUUGAUCAUGAAGUUCAUGCUGGGUUUUCUGGAUAUGUCAACAUCAUGUCAGAUGCAUCAAGUGAAGAAAUAAAGGAUUUCUCAGUGGAAGAGCUUAUUCAAGAAUGUGAUGCAGACUCUUGCAAUUUGCUAAACCCUCUGUUGGAUGCAGCCAUGCAGAAGUCUUUAAACCAAUUUGCAGCUUUGAUAAAAUCAAGAUGGAAAUCACAAACAUCUGAAGAUUAUCAACAAGAACUUUCCCUUGGCUUGUUUCCUGACAAGAAUGAAAGAGCAAAAAUCCACAGUGUUGUGCGACAAACGUUCCCAUUUCUCCUGACAAUUACUAAAAGUACAGAACUUCUUGUCAAACCAAACUUGGAUUACAAAGAGCUGUGCCAGCUAACAUCUGAAGAGGAGGCGGAUGAAUUCUUUACAUUCUUAGAUGCAAAAGUUGAAAAUUCCAGGUUUACGUUUCAUCCUGAUGCCUGUAAGGAGCACAGGACCUCUGUGCAUCAUUUUGUCAGUAAGAAAUUUGGAAAACUAUUGGAAACUAAAUCGUUUUCAGAGAAAGACCCUAAUGGACAGCAAAAGGCAGCCAUAACGGUUAGAUUUAGAGAUAGAGCAGGCACUUCAAGAAAGAGGCACAGAACAGAGGAUAUUGACAAACACAGUGUAUACACCGCAUUUAGCCUUACGAAAGAGAACCUGGAAACCAUGGAAGCCAUCAGCUGUAUGUCUUCGUUACUUGGAAUACUUCCUUCAGAUUUCUCUUACGCAGGAAUCAAAGACAAAAAAGCUGUUACUCACCAAGCCAUGGUUGUAAAGAAGGUGACCCCAGAGAGCUUGCAACAGAUUGGAAGUUCAAUUGAAAGAAAAGGAAUGAAACUGUAUAAUAUACGGUCUACGAACCAACACUUGCGGCUUGGUCAGUUGACUGGAAAUCAUUUCAGUAUUGCUGUCAGGGAUGUUAAACAUCACAGUGAUGAUGACGCUUCAGCAGAUAUUGAAAAGAGAAUUGAGGAGGCCAUUUGCAAUGUUAAGAUGAAAGGUUUUAUAAACUACUAUGGACCCCAGAGAUUUGGAAAGGGUCACUCUCAUGAGAUUGGACUAGCAUUGCUGAAAGAUGAAAUGGAGAAGGCUGUGAAGUUGUUGUUCACACCAGGUGACACCGAAGAUGCUGUAAAUAAGGCUAAACAAUAUUUCCUUCAGACAGGAGAUCCCAAAGGAAGUCUCACAUUAAUGCCUGAUUACAAGGUCCGUGAAAGAAUGCUGCUCCGUGCACUCAAUCGCUAUGGAAUGAAUGAGGAGGGAUUUGUACGAGGGUGGUUUAGCAUCCCACAUUCAAUGCGAAUCUUUUACACGCAUGCCUAUUGCAGUAAGGUGUGGAACGAGGCAGCCUCUUACAGGUUUUUGUCCUAUGGCUCUAAAGCGGUGGAGGGGGACUUAGUUCUGUGCGAUCAAAGGACUGAUGAAAAGACUUUGCUCAGCGAUAGAGUCCAUGUAGUUACUGCAGCAGAAGAGAAUGAAAAUGUAUAUACAAUAAAACAAGUAGUUCUCCCAAUGCCUGGACACAGCAUUAAGUAUCCUACAAAUAAAGUUGGACAGUGGUACCGUGAAGCUCUUGCCAGGGAUGGGUUACAGACCUGUCAAUUUCGAAUUGGUUCCUUGCAGUUGAAUCUUCCUGGGUGCUACAGGCACAUAUUAAAACAUCCCCACAAACUAUCAUAUGCGUUACACCAAGAAAAGGAAAAUAAGACAGAAAAUGAAGAUCAGGACUCACCGAAACAGUUUUUAAAAUUGACAUUUGAACUUGAUUCUUCCUGCUAUGCAACUGUUUGUCUUAAGGAGAUAAUGAAAUGUAAAUUUUAACUUACCUUCUUGAACUGCUUUAGUAAUAAAGAAACAGUAUCAAUAAA